CUAUAUAACAAAUAAUUUGAGAAAUGUCAGCUAUGACCGGUAUGUUGGUGUUAGUUCUACUCUUCUGUGGAGUAAUGGCACACGAAAGCAAGAGUUUCGAAGUUAACCCUGAUGAUGAGCACAUGAAAGAGCAUCUACAAGAACACUUAGCUGAGAUGGCAGAGGAUGUGAAACUAGACACUGAAGAUGAUGUUUAUUUUGGAUACUUCAACGUUCAUGACACCGAUAAAGACGGAUUUAUGGACGGGUUAGAACUCCUCACCUCAUUUGGAGAUCACAGAAGUAAGAAGAUAGAUGACACUUACACUGCUGAACAAUAUGAUAAAGAUUUACAAACUUAUGUCGGUAUCGUAGAUUUAACUUUGAAAGAUUUCGACAAGAACAACGACGGCCUUGUAUCAUUUGCGGAGUACAUCGGACAAGUUAAAAAAGCCAGUUAAUUAAACUAAUUUAAACACUGGUAGACAAAAGAGGCGCUGAUAUUUGUUGUUAAAUUUAAAUUGAGAUUAAACCUUAAAUACUAAUUGAUUUCAAGAAUAAUAGCUUGAUUUUUUUGUUAAGAAAUAAGAAUAAUUAAAGUCGAAUUUUUAUCGAGGGUUAUACUAUAUUGAUGAAUUGGUUUUAGCUUUUUGUUGAUGAUGUAAGUUUCACCAUGUUUUUUAGCCACUGCAAAUUACCAAUAGGACCAAUAGGGCUACAAAUUAGCUAAAUAGUGAUUGUAUAAUAUGCGAACAACCUCUAAGUGGUUCAAUUUGUGGUUGAAUUGGUCGCAUGCUGCUUUUUAUUACAGCGACAGAUUGAUCUGAAAUAGAGACGAGGUCCGAUCACGAGACACUUAGCUCCUCAGUCUGAGUGAGGGAGCGGAUUUGCCUCCAUACCAAUUACUUACCGUCCGCCCUGACAACAAAUAAAGUGAGCAAAAAUUUACUGUCGGACUAAAGAGAGGUUAAAAUUUCAUGUAAUAAGGUUAUUGUCGGGUGAACGGUGCUUUAUAGGAAGUUCAAAUAGGGCACAACAUUCUGUUUCGAUAUGUUAAUUAAGUUUAAAUGUGUUCGCUUCACCCUCUCUUG